AUGGAGGAAGAAAAAGUCCAUGCCUCGUGCGAAGUGCUGUACAAUAACGGGAAGGGGGAGCUGUACGUUACAAACAGAUACCUGGUGUAUAUCUCUGAGCAUACGAAAAAGGAAAAGACCCAAAGCAACUCCCUUUUCCUUAUUGAUGAUAUUGAUUUAAAGCUAUGUAUAUUCAGUUGGAAGAAAACGGAAAAGUCCAAAAAAAAAAGUAAAACCCGAUUCACAUUUGCCAUAACGAACAAGAAAAAUAAUUUCUGUUUUCAUGACUAUAACCACACGGAGUCCUUCAUUUUUGAGUUCUUCUAUGAUCGAGACAAUAGCAAUAUAUGUCAGAUUAUCAACACGCUCAAUAAGGACAACAUAAAGAAUCACAUCUACAUAGAGUUUAACUUGCACUUAAUUAGAGACCAAUACAAAGUAUAUGAGGAGUCCUUUGGGGCACUCACAAAAUCUGAAUCCAAAGGAAUCGCAGAAGAUCAAAAAGGGGAUCAACCUAUCGAUCAUGUUAGUAUAGAACAUAUUCCCACAAAUCAAAGUGCCCCCUCCCAUUUUGUAAAAAAUGCAAACGAUGAACCUUUCGGGGAGGACAAAGACAUAGCAACUAAAGGGGACUCUGUCAUAAGGACACGCGAUCAUAGGAGUGACAAAAAUGGGGAGAGUAGCCAAAGUGAGGACAAUGACCAUAACGAGCGAAGCGGUCUAUCAGAAGAUAACGCAAAGGAAAAUGAGUCACUAAUCAGCCUGCACAAAAUGUUCGAGACAGACGCACAACUGAAGAGCCUGUACCAAAUGUGUAUCCAAAACAACAUACUAACAGAAAAAGAAUUUUACAAAAUCCACAAAAGCGACAUAUAUGAGUAUAGAAAUAUCAGCUCCAGUGCAGAGGAGGGAAUUCUCAAGGAACCCUUAUUCAUAACGGAGGAACAAAAAAUGGCCAAAAGCGUCGAAAUCAACAAACAAAUAAGUAGAGUGAUUCUAUCAGAGAACAAAGAGUUGAAGAAGCUGUACGAUUAUUACAUGGCCAAUAAUAUCCUGAGUGAAAGCAAAUUUUGGUUCUUCCUUUUUAACAACAAAUAUAGCCACUUAUUCUUUUACGAUAAAAAUGAAAAGGACAUAAUGGGGAAUAAAAAUUUCUUCUCCAUUAAGGGUGACCAACAGAAUAGAGCAGCAGGGGUUGGUACGGAUACAGCUGGGGAUAGGACAGAUGACCGGAGGGAUGUAACCCGUACCACGGAUGAUGAUGAUGAUGAUGAUGAUGGGGAGGAGGAAGAUAACACAUAUUACAGAAAUCUGUCCUUAUCAUACGACAUGGAUAAUCCAAAUCAAGACAUAAAAGGGACAUUGGAAAAAUGCAUUUUAAAGGAAUACUUGUCUACCAAAUCGUACAAAAAAAAAAACAUCCUUUUUAACAACAACUACUAUUUUAAUGAAGAAAGUGCGCAGGGGUUUGGACUAUUCACAAAUGAGAGAUAUUCCAAAGGGAGCAACUCUCACAAUCUCCUAAUUAACAAAUUUAAUAAUUACUGCAUUGGGAUGAUAAAGGACAGAAAAUUUACCUUCGAUACUUUUUAUGAAGAUUUGAAAAACAGAAUUGAGGACACAGAUUUGAAUCCCAUGAAGGAAAAAAAAGAGUUGCAAUUUCAAAUCGAAAAAAAAAAAACAAACCCCUGUGAUAGUGAGGCAGAUAAUGAAGAGUCGGCUCAGCUUGCGGAUCGCCUAAAUCAAAAAUUUGCUACUCUCCUGGACCAGCUCAACACUUUUAAGCAGCACACCGGCAGGAAGAACUACUCCGACUUGUACAACAUAGGUGGGUUUCCUGGGAGCGGCUCGAGGAGACUCCUGUUUGUCUCCAACACGAAGAAGUGCCAGAGCAACCAGUCCAUGCUGAUAGGCACGAUCGAGUACGAGCAGCACAUCCUCGACAUUGUGAAGGACUACCACGUGAAAGUGAACUAUUUGCUGAACUUGUUCUACACGUCGUGCAUUCCGGAGCAGGCGAAGCGGAACAAGAUCCUGCAAAAUUUGUCCAAAAUUAAAGAGGAGAUACAAGCCAAGCAGGAGGAGUACAACAGUGUGCUUAUCAUGGGCAAGCCGCUGCUAAUUCACCUCUUUGAACAAAUAAGCAUAUGCAAGAAGUUUAACGAAAAGCUGGAUAGGUACAUCCAGGAAAAGAGGAAGAAGGCAUGA